AUCGCCAGUGUUCCGACAGCUCAAUCGAAUUUCGAAACGCGUCGAAUGCGGAUCGUGGCAAGUUUUAAGCGGAAACUCAAAUCAUCAACAAUAAUAAUCAAAGAAAAUGGCACUGCGUAAAAAACAGGAGUAUAUUCCCAUCAAGUGUGAGGGCUGGGAUGGCAAAUUUAUUUAUCCCGAUGGCGCUGUGAACAAUGUGUCCAAGAUUCGCCGCCACAAUCAGAAUGUGACCAAUACCAAUAAUUUCUAUGGCUAUAAUACGGAACCGAUUGUUUUGCCCACCGCCUGGGAUGGGACAUUUGUGAAGGGCGGCGAGACACGAAUUAAGCCGGAACGCAAUCGUUCCGACGAUCAGGAUUACUAUGAUUUCGAUACAAGUCCCACCAUAUUGGAUCCCACAUGGAGUGGUGAAUUCGUCACCGAUCCAAAUGAUAUACGCAUCAAGCCCGAACGCAACUUCUCCGAUCCAAGGGAUUAUGCCGAGGCGAAGCGCUUCAAAUUGGUCCAGCAUUGAGAAAGUGAAAGUUCGGCAUCCUUCUACUAACAACGUUGCUGGAAGUUCAACUAGAUCAUUCCUCAAACAAAAGCACCACCAACUAAUUGCAUUAUAUUUCAUGUUCUCUUGAGUUUUUUGCAAAUUGAUAUUAACUUAAGUUUUGUACUAUUUCAGUUCGUAUUUUUAUCGAUAUUUAUUGUUACAUUUAAUAAAAAAAAUCAAUUGUGAGAAAAAACCCA